CUGCAGUGACCGCGUUCGACAUUAUUAUUUUUGGGAACCACGUUGCCCGAGUCUAAAUAUCGCGCACCAUAAACUCCAUUUGAUGCCCACCGAUAAACCCGCGAAAGACUUGUGAAGAGAGUACUCGCUCAGUCUACUGACAUCAGUAAUGGCAGCUUUGUCUGCGGCCAACUACCUGGAAAAGUACUUCGAAUGUGUGGAUACCAUGCCGUUGGAGCUACAGCGCUCCGUGUCCCGACUCCGUGAGCUGGAGUUGCAACACAGACGUCUCCUUGGUGAGGUAGACGUACUGAAGGUACAGCUGGAGGGGGCGGUUGCCGGUGGCAACGAGACGGAAGUGGGUGUGGCCAUCCAGCGACUGCAGCGAUGUAUGUUAGCAGUCAGGGAACUGGGGAACCUCAAAAUGGAGAUGUCUUCACAGCUCGUUGACACCUCCGGUGUCCAGGUGGAAGAGUAUGGUCAGCAGUUGAGUCUGAGUGCCAAGGUUCUGGACAGCCCCCGUAGCCAUGACGACCACCAUCACCACUCCCCCAGGCACACCAGCACUUCCUCACACUCUCACAAUCACAACGGGAAGAACGAAAGUCAACUGGUGCAGGCUGAGGUGACGGGAGAGAAAACGGCGGCAAAACGGACGUCCUCGGCAAAGAAACCUCGCACCAAUCAGCCGGAGAAGCCACGUGAGCGAGAGGACACGCCCCCCACAGGCCCCGGGCGGUCUCGAGAGAACAGUACAACUAGCAGUGUGGGGGGAGGAGGAGGAGGAGGAGGAGGAGGGGGAGGAGGGAGUGGGGGUGCAGCCUCUGCCAGCAGCAAACUGCCUCGGAAGAAGAUAAAAGCCAAGAAAAAGGUGACGAAGGAGACAGCUGCAGCAGCCUGCCUGACCCCACCAACCUCCCGAUGCCGGACCUGAGCAGCCAGCCUCUGGACCCCGACGAACCUCUCUACUGCCACUGCCAGCAGGUCUCCUUCGGGGAGAUGAUUGGUUGUGACAAUGAUGAUUGUCCGAUCAGAGUGGUUCCACUUCCAGUGUGUGGGACUCACCUCCAAGCCCAAGGGCAAGUGGUACUGCCCCCAGUGUGCCCCCGACAGGAAGACCAAAGGCACCAAAUGACCUUCUCCUCUCACCCCUGUUACCUCCCCCUUUGAGAACUUUUCAAUAACCUCCUUCUUAUCCCUAUUCAUCUAUUAUUCACACUAAUUCCCCCAAAACAUGCCUAUACCCUUUGCAGAAGAGUAUCCAAUGAUGUCACCCUUAACUAUCCUGGAUGCGCAUGCGCGUUAUUCACGUUGUUGCAAUUAAGUGUAUGACGAUGGCCGCGUUUCGUCCGCUAGUAGCGCUCCUGCUACUGUUUCUGGCCGCCGUGGUAGGAGCCGGGAGAGUGAAGCAUGCCCCUCUUGACAGGGAAGACGACGACUUUGCAGAGUUCGACUUCGACGCGGAAGAAGAGUGGGACGACGGUUAUAAACUCUAUUUAGUGCCUCCUUCUCUAUGUAUAUACUCGCGUGCCGUCUGAAAACGCGCCACCACACACUAGGUAUUACAGUUGAGGAGGUGAUAGAGGAGGAAGGAGAAGAGGAGGAUGAUGAGGACAUGUCAGUGGAGGACGAGGAGGGGGGAGAGGGAGGAGAGUUUGAGGGGAUAGACGAUGACGAGUUUGAGGCCGGGAAAUCAACCCCCCCUCUGAGCAAGAUACAUCUGUCGGAGAGUGCCGUUCGACUCCAGCCGGUGUGGCUGGCCUACAUCGGAGAGAUCCUCAUUGGAGUCAGCCUCCUCCUCUACUUCAUCAACUACAUGUCAGGUCGCAGCAAGAACGCCAGCCUGGCGCAAGCCUGGUUGGACAGGCAUGCAGGGGUGCUGCGUAGCAACUUUGCCUUGGUGGGGGAGGUACAGGAGGAGGAGGGAGAGGGAGAGGAGGAGGAGGAGGAGGGGGAGGGAGACGGGAAGCUGAUCAAGGAGAGCGACGAUGUGUAUACGGUGUGGGCCUCGGGUAGAAUCAACUGUGACAAUUUCCUUGCCCAACUCAAGUUGCUGCAAAGACAGGAUUUAUUGUCACUUCUCCUCUCAUUCAUAUGGCCCAAGGAAGACCUAGUUACAAUAGUGAUGCAGCUGGGAGAGGGAGACAUGGACAGCAUCAUUAUGGCCAUCGGACAGAAGAAGACACUCACCAAGAUGCAACAGGAGUACGAAGACCUGAACCGCUACUGCACUCCCCCGCGACCUGCCAAGCGACUGGGUCUGGACUCUGACCUCCAGAUAGUCUGCGAGGCCCCGGAGGUUGCUCAGGCGGUCCUCAACCAGCAGAUCGUGACCUUCCUCAACAGAUACGCCCAUCUCCUGCAGAGUCUCCACGUGUCCAACGAGUACACGGGAUUUCUGCCCGAUGCGGACGACUCUGCCGAGGUUACAGUCAUCAGGAAACCUCAGAACAGACUGGAGAUGACUUUCAAAUUGGGUGGUAUUGAUGAUGGAGAUGACAUAGUGAGGUUUGCACUCACUCUUUUGGAUCACGUGAAGACCACUCGACUCACAAAGGAGGCAAAGGAGAAGGCACAGAAGAACAGGAACCGCGUGGCUCAGGACAAGGAGAAACUGCAGCACCAGCAGAGACAAGAGGCAGCUCAAGCCAGAAGGGAAGACAAGAAGAGAAUGGAGAAGGAGAAGAUGAUGCUGGAGGAGGACCCCGAGAAGGCACGCAAAUGGGAGCAACGAGAGCACAAAAGACAGAUGCGGAAGCUGUUGAAUCCAAGGAUGAAGUCUGUCAAGAUGAAGAUGAAAUGAGAACCACUCAUUGAUUGCUUUAGCCCCUGUAUAUCAAAUUCGCUUUCUCUUCCAAUAGCAUGCCCAGACACAACGCGCAUGGCAGUGCCGGUCAAACACUGUGGCCAUACAGAAAACUAUUCAAUUUGAGCAGAGAAAGCAACUACGUA